UUAACCAAAUGUUUGAUUCUUUCAAAUGGUGAAUUUUGAUGUUUUCUGUUAAUUGUUGGAAGAUUAAAUAAGUUAAUUUAGUUAAGAUUCAUUCACAAUUAAGUUCACAUCAAACUCUCAUCACAAACUGCGAGAGCGACAUGAAAAAAGUGUCAACAAUCAACAGUAAACAAUUUGAUUAUCGUCAUGCAAAUGGAAAACAAUCAACAGUAGUCAACAAUUAACUCUAACGACAAUCAAACUAUUGUCUUAAUUAUUUGUGUCAAUGUUAAUUGUUAAUCUCAAUGAAUUGUGAUUUUCUGUGAAUAGUUUGUGAUUGUGUCCAAAAAGUUUUUCAUUAACUGGAUUAACCUUUUCUUGGAUAAUAAUAAUUAACGUAACAAUCAUAAUAAUAGGUCGUUAAUCCAAUAAGUCAAAUCCAUUUGGGUGAUUUGAUUUAGUAAAUUGUUCCUGUUUUUUUUAUAAAUUGUAUCUUCACCUUUGGAAUCCAUUUAAUAACAUUUAAUUGCUACAAUCAACACCAAUCACUAGAUAAUCAUCAUCAUAAUGUAAUAAGUGACUACCGAUUGACUGAUUACUUCUUGAGGGUUUCAUGGAUUAAGAAAAAAAGAAAACGGAUUAACCUUAAGUGUCCAGAGAAAAGUAGAAAAAGUUUCAAAUUUCAAGAAAAAGAAAAAGAAAACUAAUCAACAACUUAAUCCAAUUAGCAAAAGGGAUUAGAUUGGAAAAGGUAUCAACUGUUAAUCCUUUAAUCUCUUCAUAAGAGUAAUUAAUCUUAAAUUAUUUACUCUUGAAGGUCUAAGAUUGUCUUGACAGUUUCAUCAGUCACCAUUUGAAUUUGAAACAAUCAACAACAACAACAACAGAAUCAAAAGUUUUUCAGAAAAUAGUGUCAACAAUUAACUAAUCAUUUCCAUCAUCAUCAUCAUCAAAUAAUGUCUCCUGCUUGUGAGAAAAACAAUAUUUCAACCCUGGAAAAUUCAGUUUCCCUGAUUAACCUGAAUUCCAGUUGCGAUUCAACUUAUUCUGACCUAUUGGAUACUUCAUCUUCAUCCUAUUCAAGAUCUUACCGGAACUUCCGGUCAAAUGAGGAAUACCUUUGGGCCAUGAAGGAGGAUCUUGCUGAAUGGUUGAAUAAUUUAUAUGAAAUUAACAUUAAUGCCGAUAAUUUUAUCCACAAACUUGAAACUGGUGUAAUUUUGUGCAGGUAUGCUAAUGAUGUGAUAAAUAAAGCACUAUCGAUUGGUCAUAAGUUUAAUGAUGCUAAAGAUUCCGGAGGAAACGGAAAUGAUGCUGGAAAAGGAGGAGGAGGAGCAGAUUCAAAUAAUAACAAUCAAGCCAUUUACAAAGGUGAUGAGCUUAGAUAUCGGGCUAAUGCUAAGCCGAAAACCUUUCAGGCUCGAGAUAAUGUUUCCAAUUUUAUCUCUUGGUGUAAAUCGCUGAAAAUUCAUGAUUGUUUACUAUUUGAAACUGAUGAUUUGGUUCUGGGGAAAAAUGAGAAAUCAUUUAUUCUGUGUCUCCUUGAGGUAUCCCGAAAGUGUACCGCCUUUGGCAUGGUUGCUCCCCUAAUUGUUCAAAUGGAACAAGAAAUUGAUCGUGAAUUGAAUUCAGAGCAAUUAAUUGAAGAUGAUCAAAAUGAAAUUGAAGAUAAUUGUGAUGGAAGUGAAUAUGAAAGUUCAUUGGUAACCAUUUCAACUUCACCUGAUUCUGGUUACAUGGGAUCUUUAAUCAGCUCAGAAAGUAAAGACAAUCAAUCAAUUGAGUCUAAUCAAUCAACAACAACGAUCAAUAAUUACAACAGUUCAAAUGAUGAUAAACAAUCAUCAACAAUUAAAAGUGAAUCUCAAAUUGUCACCAAUAACCUUAAAUGUCUUCAUGAAAGGGUUGUUGAUCUCCUCAAUCGAUGUACUUGUCCAUCACAAUUUCCAAUGGUCAAGGUUGCCGAUGGUAAAUAUCGAGUUGGUAAUCCAAAAGUUCUGAUCUAUGUUCGGAUUCUUCGUAAUCAUGUUAUGGUUCGAGUCGGAGGUGGUUGGGAUACUCUUGGUCACUAUCUUGACCGACAUGAUCCAUGUCGAUGUCGCAUUGGAACAAUUAACAAAUCAACCUCACCUAAUGGACUUUCAACCAACCCAAUAAUUAACAAAGACAAAGAAAUCAAUCUAAUCAAUAACAUGAACACCAUGAACAAUAAUAAUAACAACAAUAACAGUCCAACAAUCACCAUGAAUCAAGUUAACCAUCAGCAAAAUCAAUUGAAAAGUUCAUUAGCUAAUCGUAAAUCAAUUAAUGGAUCACAAGUUUGGAUUAAUUAUAAUCGUCAACCUUAUCCAUCAAAUGAACCUCAAUACACCAGCUAUGAUAAUCUGCGUUUUUCAACAGGAUCAAUGAUUUCAAUUUAUCCUAAUCUAAUCCGACGAGAUUCAAUUGGAUUAACUGAAUCAUCAUGUUCACUGAAUUCAUUUUCUGAAGGAUCUGAUCGUCAGCCCUCCCGAUCGUCCCAAUAUUCAGAUGAUUCCUCUUCCUCCACCCACUCCAACACUUCGUCAACCUCAUCAACCGCAACUUCAUCAUCAACCAUCACAAGUUCAAUGGGAAGUUCACCUCGAAGUUCAAUCAGCUCUUCAACAGGUAGACUUAAUCAUCUAACUACUGGACAAUUAAAUUCAUCGUCUUCCAUUUCCUCUUCAUCUUCAUCCUCAUCUCCAUCAUCUUCAUUAUACUUUAAUCAUCAUCACAAUCAAUUUAAUCGUCAUAAUAACAAUAAUAAUAAUCUGCUAAUCAAAAGUCAACCUCAACGAGAUCAAAUCAAUAAUAGUAAAAAUUACAACAAACUAAUUACAGUUAAUCAAAAAAUUUCAUCACCAUUUAAUCAUCAGAGUAAAAUUAAAUCAGGAAUCGCUAAAUACAUUGGAUUAACUAAUCGUAAUCAAGUUAAUUAUCAAUCAAGGCCAAUCACCAAUCUUAAUAAAGUUAAUUCUUGUACAAAUAUCAGAUUCUGCCAUCAAUCAACAACAACAACAACAACAACUUCACCCUCAACGGGAACAAUUAAACAACGAAAAUUUUAAUCAAUCACAAAUUAAUCACAACUAAAUUAAAAUUAAUUUUGCCUCCUUUAGAAUCAACUAAUUGACAAAUUAAAUACUAAUUUCUUUCCAA